UCCGACGCAGGGAGCCGCCCGCCGGCAGGCUGAGCGCGGGUAGAGCUCCGGUAUCUGGGCGCCACUAGCAGCAGGGCAGCGGGAAGCAUGGCCACGGCGGCGGCGGCUGUGGCCCGUCGGGCCGGGGCGAGGGCGGCGGCGGCUCUGCUGAGCGCCUGCGGGACCGCGGCCCGGGGGUGGCGGCGCGCGGGCCCCGCACGGCCCUUGUGCACAGCACCUGGAACGGCCCCGGACAUGAAAGGCUACCUGUGGGAGCGCUACCGGGAGGCAAAGAGGAGCACGGAAGACUUGGUGCCUUCAAUUAUGAACAACUUGUUGAAUCCAGAUGCCAUUUUCUCAAACAAUGAGAUGAGCCUGUCGGACAUUGAAAUCUAUGGCUUUGAUUACGAUUAUACCCUGGUGUUUUACUCAAAGCACCUCCACACGCUGAUAUUUAAUGCCGCGCGGGACCUUCUCAUCAAUGAACACCGGUAUCCGGCGGAAAUCAGGAAGUAUGAGUAUGACCCAAAUUUUGCCAUCCGUGGACUUCACUACGAUGUGCAGCGGGCGGUUUUGAUGAAGAUAGAUGCUUUUCAUUACAUCCAGUUGGGAACCGUCUACAGAGGCCUCAGCGUUGUCCCUGAUGAAGAAGUCAUUGAAAUGUACGAGGGGUCCCACGUGCCUUUGGAACAGAUGAGUGACUUUUAUGGAAAGAGUUCUCACGGAAACACCAUGAAGCAGUUCAUGGACAUCUUCUCCCUGCCGGAGAUGUCGCUCCUGUCCUGUGUCAACGAGUACUUUCUCAAGAACAACAUUGACUAUGAGCCUGUCCAUCUGUACAAAGACGUCAAGGAUUCAAUUCGAGACGUGCACAUCAAAGGAAUCAUGUACCGAGCAAUCGAAGCAGAUAUCGAAAAGUACAUCUGCUACGCCGAGCAGACCCGCGCAGUGCUGGCCAAACUGGCUGAUCAUGGCAAGAAGAUGUUUCUCAUCACCAACAGCCCCAGUAGUUUUGUGGACAAAGGGAUGAGGUACAUUGUCGGAAAAGACUGGAGGGACCUGUUUGAUGUGGUCAUCGUUCAGGCUGAGAAGCCAAACUUCUUUAACGAUAAGCGGAGACCUUUCCGAAAGGUGAACGAGAAAGGUGUCUUACUCUGGGAUAAGAUCCACAAGUUGCAGAAAGGCCAGAUUUACAAGCAGGGCAAUUUAUAUGAAUUUUUGAAGCUUACUGGGUGGAGAGGAUCCAAAGUGUUGUAUUUUGGCGACCACAUAUACAGUGACCUGGCGGAUUUGACCCUGAAGCAUGGCUGGCGAACAGGUGCGAUUAUCCCGGAGUUAAGAUCUGAGCUCAAAAUCAUGAACACGGAGCAGUACAUUCAAACCAUGACUUGGCUGCAGACCCUGACCGGGUUAUUGGAGCAGAUGCAGGUUCACAGAGAUGCUGAGUCACAGCUGGUUUUGCAGGAGUGGAAAAAGGAAAGAAAGGAGAUGAGAGAAAUGACCAAAAAUUUCUUCAACACCCAGUUCGGAAGCUUGUUCCGCACAGACCAGAAUCCCACCUACUUCCUGAGGCGCCUGUCCCGCUUUGCUGACAUCUACAUGGCGUCUCUCAGCUGCCUCCUGAACUACGACGUCAGCCACACGUUCUACCCCCGGCGGACUCCGCUGCAGCACGAGCUGCCCGCCUGGUCGGACCGGGCCCCCGCCCUCAGACCCCCGCUCCUGCAGGAGGCCCAGGCCGAGUAAGCGGGGCCCGCCCGCGGAAGAGGCCGGAAGCCGACCCCCGGCCGGCUGGACGUGUGCGGUCGACUCGUGUGCAAAUGAGUGUCGCUUUCGGCCAAGACACAGAUACCUUUUGAUAUUUAUUUGGUACCUUUGGGAGACUCCUCCCCGAGUUGUCGGGACAGACGCCGGCAGCCCGGCCUCUGCGUUUCCCGUACCGGUUGGCUUCAGGGCAGGCCGGGUGUUGAAAUUGUGAUUGGCCGUCGUGUUUACCAAGGUCCCGGCCCGGGCGUCCUUUUUCCGGGCCCCGUGAGACCUCUCGAUGCCGGUCUCCGUUCCAGCGGCGGAAGUGCCGAAACCGUUCUUGCCUCUUCGUGGGCGAGGGGCCGAACGUUCACAGGCAGCGCUCCGGGAGCCGGAGGGGACCGCAAGCCGCUCGCCGCAGGCUCCACAGUAGCCUCGCACGGCGGCACGGGGCGUAGACGGUCCCCAAGCCGCGGCCGACUCCCCGGGCCCGCGGCGCUGGGGCUUCGGCCUCCUGGCCCCUCGCUCGAAGGGAGACUCGGCCUCCCUGGGACGUCUUCUGUGAAAGAACAAGAGGAGGCGCGGGUCCCCCGACCCUCUCUUGGCCUCCCCUCGCUUGGCCUCCGUGUCCGCUCGCUGUGCCCGCCCCCUGCCGGGGAAGCCGCGCGGUGCCACGUGGCGUGGGCGGUUCACUGCUUCCCCCGGCAGGGGAAGAGGGGGAGAGGAGCUUCCGGUUUACUCCCCGGCCUGCAGAACAGACGGCGUGCGGUCCGGCCGCGAGCGCCCGCGGGAUUUGUGAUGGGCCUGGCGGGAGUUCGUCACCCCUGAAAACGCCACCCCAGCGUUGGUUUGCUGCGCCCGUCGGCGGGCAGAAAGUGGCACAGGCGAAGAAAUGUCCUUGUGAUGAAAUGCCCCGCCGGGACCCCUGCUGGGUUGUCGGAAUCUUGUCAAAACACACGCGUUAACCAGCAGGUGGGGAGGAGGCGGCCCUGUCACCGCGUAGCCCUCGCGGUCCCUCCCUGCCAUGUUUGUGUGGCUAUUUUGGGAGCGUGGGUGGCUUUCUUUAGGCGGCUGUGCUGAGGGUGGGAGAGGGUAAGGGCCUGGCAGCCCGGAGGCGGCCGAGGCGCAGCCCCGCUCGCCCUCGCCGAUUGUCUCGUUGCUUUCAAGGCCACGCGCGUGACUCUCGUGCUUUACCCUGCAGCAUGGCAGGUCCACGGAAGGGGGGCUUGCGGAGAGCGCUCGCCGUGUCCGCGGUUUUAGUGUGGCAAAUGUAUCAGAACCAGGGGUUGAUGAAAUGCUAGCUUCAUCAGAAAUUAAACGAGUUCCCUGACAUCCUUUGCGAUGCCCUUUGCGAUGCCCUUUAGACCCAGUGGACCCGAUUUGGCCCCCUUUGUUACUUGUAAAUUUUUGUUAUAAACACAGUAUUCCAUUCUUUUAUUGGGAAUGGGGUAGGCAUUUUGUCUGCUGUGUGUUAGCUCCUAUGUGUUUUGAGCAUCAGAGGGUAUUGGAGACGGGCAUUUAAUGGGCACAGGUGGAUGCCCAGAACUGCUUGGUGUUAGGGUCUUCAGUGGACGAGCUGGUGCUGUUGGCCUUAGAGUUUCUGCUUGGAGAAGCUGAGCGAGGAAGCAAAAAAGGCUUUUCUUACUUUUGAUCUAAUCAGGUAGUCAGGGGAUGUUAGGUGCCCAUUGCAUUGUGUUUUGUUUCCUCGAGAAUGAAGUAGAGAUAUUUUUAAAACUGUCUUUUACGGAUAGCUAGGUUAGGUGACGCACGCCUUAGGGGAGAACAUUUUCUCGGGGUGAAUAGUGAAUUUUACAAUAUAUUACCAAUUAAGAUUUCAGUCUCUGGGCCCUUGGACAUGGCGGGAUUGAGAUCUGGCGUGUGUAGCAGAAGCCUGGCAUCUGUCUCAGCAGGUCCCACACUUGGCGGACGGCGCCCACGCCAGGGCCAGCAGCCUGGGUCAGGACAGCCGUUUCCACGGCAAGGACAGACACGGGCAUUCUCGUGUGUGCUCAGGGUGGAUUGUAACCUUUCCUUCUUGGGACUCUGUUGGGACUUGGCCCGCUGCGCUGGGCGUCACGUUCUCCCCAGUUCUCUGUUGUGCACACUGAUGAAAGCAUAUUGGUACAAGCGAAGCGAGUCUCCUUUCUACCAUUAAAAAAAAAAAAAAUCAGUUUGGAAAGUGAACACAAUUAAAUUGGUCUGCACAUUGAAAAAUAGCUUUGGUACCCACAGCAGACUGCCCUGGCGGGGGCCUGCACGGCUGGCGUUGCAGCUGUUUAUGGAUGAAACUCGGCUUUUCAGGUGUCUUAGGAGUUUGGCUCAGGGCUCCCUCUUUCCUCCUCAUACAGCCUCUUUUUUCUUCUUUCUCUCUCUUUUCCUUCAGCUCCACUUCCUGCCAUCACCGUUAAUGCGAUGUAACAUAAACCACCUGUUACUGAUUCAGUCCCAUCUUAGACCAAAUUACUAGUUGUGUGAAUGUAUUGGCCCUCUUAAUUAUCGCAGAAGAGAAAUGAGAAGUAAUCUUCCCUCCUAGCUAAUUGAGCUUUGGGUGAACUAAACGGCUUUUCCUCUCUCUUCCUCCCAAAGGCCUUUUAAGCAGUAGAGUGUGCUAAAUAUUGGACUUGAUUCCCUCUGCUGAAGGCUCAUUUGCUGCCAACGACCCACUCGGGGGCUCUUUUCCAGAAUGCUCUAAGACUAAACUUGGCUGGAGGCAGGGUUCCUUGAUUGCUCUAUUCAACUACUGGGGAGUCUGUGUUUUGCCCUCUUAAUACUAAUUUCCUUUCGUACCAAUUUUCUUUUUUUUCUUCCUUUUUUUUUUUUUUUUUUUUUUGCAUUAGCAUUUGGGAGCCUGGCUCCAAGUUUAGCUAACCUUUAACACCCUGGCGGAUUAAAGAAAGGGAGUGAAGUUUCUCUGAUGCAGGAUUCAGCGAGCCUUGCCCGUAAAGAGCCAGAUAGGAAGCACUGGCGGCUUUGCCGGCGAUUUUCUGUGGCCACUGCUCUAGGGACGGGCACACCGUGUGCCAUCACCACCUGAUGUACAAAAACUGCUGCAGGCUAGACUUGGCUCCCCAGCCGGAGUUUGCUGCCCCCCCCCCGCCCCCGCCCCCGCCCCCGCCCCCGCGCGAGAGGCUUGUGGCGGUGGCUCCGGCAAGCUCACCUCCCUAAGAGCACGCAGGGGAACGAGGUCAGAGCUGCGUGCGGCCGCUGGAGAGAUGCUCUGGAGGCGAGCGCGCCGCGGUCCCCUAAGCGGCUCCCCGGGCACAUGCACGCCAGUGGCCAGCGUUUGCGGCACGCAGCGUGACCGUUGCGGGGUGGAACUGGACGGGCCGGCGCUCGCCGACUGUCCUUCGUUGCGCCGACCUGUGGUGGUGCUCGCGGACGCGAUGGGCGUGGCUGCCCAGAACACCCUUCCCAACCGCAGGACUCCCCCCUCCGGCCGCCGGGUGAGCCGCUUACCAUCCUCAGCUGGUGGCUGCCCUCCAGAAAAAGCCCUGCCUCGGACCAAGUCCUGCCUCCUUCCUGGAGCAGCCGGCUCCUGCCCUGCCAGCCCCGCUUCCUUCCCUUCUCGUUCCUUCUCCUCCGUUUCCGGGUGUCGAUCCCAAGAACACUCCCCCCACACUCUUCCUGCAUGUGAACUCCAUCUGGGCGUCUGCUUCCCCGGGGACCCACCCCGCUACAGCACUUCUGUACUUUGUACUGCACGCUUGGACCCGGGCUGGGGAAACCGUGUUCUAGGUAUUUAGCAGAAUGACAGGUUGUGCCUGUAGGGUAUCGGGCACGACAGAUGCGAGCUAGGUAGACUUACUAUUUAUUCUGAAUGUGAAUUUGCUAUUUAUUCUAAAUGUUGAUUUUCUGUUACAGGAUAUUGAACUUAGUGCCAAAUAAAAAUUUGAAUUAUGUCGUCCA